AGUGUUGGAUGCUUGUGCCUCUAUGGACAGAUACAUCUUUACAGUUAUCAGAUGUCAACACAAUCAAAAACCUCUCCAGAGGAAUCAGAUUAUUUCAAUGCCAGGAAUGAUAAGAACCCUUUGAUUGAAGGAGACAUAUCUCCUCCGGUCCAACCCAGAGUGAAGAGCAAGGUCGUUGUCAGUGGAGUGCGCCGCCUGAGCACCAUAUCAGAACAGGAUGCAGACAAGGUGGACACAGAUCUCCAUUACCAGGUUCCCCUGGGAGGCAAUGGAUGGGAUGAAUCCAGUUUUUCCCUGUGUUCUGACAAGUACAACAUCAGCAGUGGCCUCUUCUCCUUGGAUUCCCACCAGCCUGACUCAGGAGAUGACUGUGCGGCCAUCUUGCUGGAGUGCCUCUACUGUCACUUCUGUGACUUGUUGGCCAUGCUGCCAGACACCUGUGAGAGGGCCGUGGGCCGCUGUUUCCCCUCCCUCAAGUACAGGAAUGCUGCCAGUGAGCAGGAGAAAGGAGGAGACUGCUGCAGCUGCAGCCUGAAGCUGGACUGUGGCUGCUGCAGUGCUUGUCAGGAGACCGCUGAGCUCCUGGAGCUGGCCAUGGAGAUCUCUGAAGUCUGCUUUCGCUGAGUUUGCUGUGUGUUAUUCUUGUAUUUUCUUGUAUCAUUACGUUUUAACGGUAGUUAUGGGAUGGUAUGUAGUAUCCAGAGCACUUAAAAUUCCCAAUUGCAUUUCUUACUGACGUGAUUAAAUGAUCAUAA